AUGCAAGCUGUACGGAAUUCUUUACCACGCCAUGUGACAUCUAUGUACAAGAAUAUAAACAGGAACUUUGCAGCUAACACUCUAGCGUUUCAUUUUUUACCAGGGGGAGCGCUCUCUAAUCUGGAAAAACUAUUGGAGGUAUUUUGUACAAAAUAUGGUCCCAUCAUCAGGCUCGAAGGAAGUUUUGGAGCUCCGACCUUAAUAUUCGUAUUAGACGCUGAAGCAUCUGCGCAAAUUUUACGAGGCGAGAACUGGAUACCAUACAGACCAGGUUUCGCCAGUCUGGAACAUUACAGAAAGACGAUAAUUCCUAAUAAUUCCGAUCAGACCACAGGUCUGUUGACUGAGCACGGUGAACCAUGGAAGAAAUUUCGAUCAGCUGUGAACCCUAUAAUGUUACAUACAAAGACGAUUAAACUGUACAGCAAGAUUCUGAAUGAAGUUGCAGACGAUAUGAUUGCUCGGAUGAGAUACAAACGCAACAGCAAAAACGAGAUCGAAGGAAAAUUCGACGUGGAAAUGAAUUUGUGGUCUUUAGAAUCCAUCGGUGUAGUCGCACUUGGGGGUCGGUUGAACUGCCUCGAUCCCAACCUGCCCGAAGACUCUCCAGCACGAAAGCUGAUACAGACGGUACACGAUAUAUUCAUUUUGUCGAAUGAAUUGGACUUCAAGCCUAGCUUUUGGAGGUAUUUCGCGACACCGACCUAUAAGAAGGCUAUGAAGAGUUAUGCAGAACAAACAAGAAUAAGCGAAUACUUCAUUAAUAAAGCACGAACAGAGUACAAGUCAAAGCAGACAAAUGACGACGAGAAAGGCAUAUUGGAGAAACUUCUAGAAAUAGAUGAAAGAGUGGCUGUGAUAAUGGCCAGUGAUAUGUUGUUGGCUGGAGUGGAUACCGCUGCAAACACAAUGCUCGGAAUAUUAUAUUUACUCGCCAAGAACCCGGAAAAACAAGAGAAGUUAAGAGAAGAGGUGACGUCACAUAGUGGAAGCAAAGCGUAUUUGAAGGCGUGUAUCAAGGAGUCAUUGAGGAUGAUGCCAGUGGUCGCUGGGAACUUGAGACAAACUACGAAGGAGUACAAUAUUUUAGGAUACACCAUACCGAAAGACAUGUUAGUAACCUUCGGCCAUCAAUAUUUAUCCUUAAUCGAUCAGCACUACCCCAAAUCUAAAGAGUUCAUACCUGAACGGUGGCUCGUUGAUAAGACUGACCCCUUGUAUUAUGGAAAUGCACACCCAUUCGCCUACAGUCCAUUUGGCUUUGGAGUCAGGAGUUGUAUAGGUCGAAGAAUAGCGGAACUGGAGAUAGAGACAUUUUUGGCGAAAGUGAUCGAAAACUUCAAGGUCGAGUGGAAUGGACCACCAGUGAAAACGAAAAUAGCCGCCAUUAAUUAUGUAAUUGGACCUUAUCACUAUGUUUUCAAAGAUGUUUAA